AUGACAACCCUUGAGAAGGCAGUAGAAGAUAAUCAUUUUAAGAAUCAAGAACUACUACCAAUUCCUAGUUGCAAAUCACUUGCAUUUGAGAGCUGCUUUGAACCAGUUCCAGACCGGAACAAUCAGAUGUACAUCGAGUACACACGCAUGGGAGUUGAGGUACAGAAGUUCGACGGUAUACUAGUGAACAAACGGCAAGAUUUGGAGCCUAAAACAACUGGAGCACAUGGAGAUAGAAGGUUGUUGGGGAGGGUGUCUCCGCUUCCGAUCUACCCAAUUGGCCGCUGCUCAGACAGAUCAAACCAUAUCUAA